UGUCGUGUCGGCAGCGCGUGCUCUGCUCUGCCCUGCCCUGCCCUGCUCGCCGGUAUUAAUACCCCAGAUCCCACUGCAACCUCCACCCAUCCCUCCUACCACGCUCAAUCCCCGAGCUCCAUCACCACAGCCCACUCGAGUUCUUCUUCUUCAAGCUUUUAGCUAGGUUGACUCCGCGAUCACCGAAGCAGCCUUGGGCCAUGUCGAGCGGCGGGCAGAGGCAGCAGCAGGCGAAGAAGCCGUCGCCGGCUGCGGCGGGGGCGGACGAGAUCGAGAUCAAGAAGGUGUUCUCCCGCUUCGACACGGACGGGGACGGCAGGAUCUCGCCCUCGGAGCUGGCGGCCGUGUCGCGCGCCAUCGCGCCGCCGGCCACCGAGUCCGCGGGGGGGCGGGAGGUGGCGUCCAUGAUGGACGAGCUCGACACCGACCGCGACGGCUACGUGGACCUCGGCGAGUUCGCCGCCUUCCACGGCCGCGGCCGCGGGGAGCGCGAGCUGGACGCCGAGCUGCGCGACGCCUUCGACGUCUACGACAUCAACGGCGACGGCCGCAUCUCCGUCGCCGAGCUCAGCAAGGUCCUGUCCCGGAUCGGCGAGGGAUGCACCACCCAGGACUGCGAGAAGAUGAUCGCCUCCGUCGACGUCGACGGCGACGGCUGCGUCGGCUUCGAGGAGUUCAAGAAGAUGAUGGCCGGCGACGGCGCCGCACGGCCCCUAGACGGCGGCGUCCCUGACGACGACGGCAAAGCCAAGACGGAGUGAUGCCUUCUUGCUUGUAAAUUUGCAGUAAUGUGAGGGGGGCGAGCGAAUGCGAGGUGUAUGUUAAAUUGUUAAUCGUAAGUACUACUAGUACCUGUCUUGUGUCGGGCAUGCUGUUCUUGGUCUGAAGAUGGUAAAAAUCGGGAAUAAGGAUCAAUAUUUUCUCCCGGUAUGGGUAUC